AUGAUAGGAGGACAACACACGAAGGAGCGUCUAAGCGAACGUUUGCAGGGAUGCCAAAAUCAGCCAAAGAACCGCGGUUAUCUCCCUGGCACUAAACUACUGACAGGCGGCUACAGUACAGAAACACUGCAGGGGAAUUGGAGUGAGGAACGGGCAGAUGCGGCUUACUACGAUCGAAAGGCCGUACUUCCAACACAUCUUCAGAAGGUAUGGACAACGGAUUAUCGAUCCAUGACAAGUAAUGCAACUGGACCGGUGAGUUCCCCUGUGUUUGAUCAGGCUACAUUAAUGGAUAUUGUGGACCACAAGCAACGAGCCUAUCCUGCACAUCAACCACAGUUGGAUUCUCAGCGGGAAGAGAUCAUUAAGGAUUUCUCCAAGACAACAAUGAAAGAAUCCUACAGGGAUCCACGAGAGGCGAAAGAAAAAGAGGAACAAUAUGUUCCACUUGUUAUUGGACGUUCUGAUACAUCACAGGCGAAAGCAGUGAUAUUACGUUUUCAACGUCAAUUACAGUUAUCUCAUCAUGGACAAUCUGCUUUUCCAGGAAAUGUUCUUCGUCUGGUGCGACUCUCACUACACCGAAAUGAUACUGUUGGAGAAGGCAUGUUAACAGUGGAAGAGGCUCAACGUGCUUUUGAAGAAGCAACCGUAAUAACCAACAGACCAGAAUGUAUGGCUCUUUUUCGAGCUUUUGAUGUUAAAGGUAAUGGUACAAUUUCAAUUGAUAAAAUUGUAGAGGAACUACGUGGAGAAUUACGUGAUCGCCGUUACAGUAUUGUGGAAAAAGUGUAUGAGAUGCUUAAAACACUAUGUCCUGAUGGUAUUGUACGUCUUAAACGUCUUGUGGAUCUUGUGGAUGUUGAUAGUAUGGAUACUGUUAUGAACGGUAGUGUCACUUCUUCAGAUGCACAUAAUGCAUUUGUAGAACAAUGGGAUUUACCUCUUGAUGCUUAUAUUUCAUUUGAUACCUUUCUCUCAUUCUUUAAAGAUGCUUCUUUUGAAAUUGACAGUGACCAAGAGUUUGAGGUGCUAAUGCGUAAUAUCUGGCAUCUUAGCGGAGGGAAUGGGAAAUCCAUGAACACCUCUUGUAGAAGGGUACGAGUAGUUCAUAGAAAUGGACGUAUUACUUUCCAAGAGGUAAAGAACGACUUGGAUAUAAGGGACAAUGACCCAAACAUAACAGAACGUAUCAUUGCGAAUUUAGCAUCACAAGGAAUAAAAGAUGUGGCCAAGAUUGAAAUAUUACCGAAGAAACGGUAG